AUGAGUAAAACUCCAAUUCCACAAGAGUACGACGAUAUGAGAAUUUUAGGAUAUAAUCCUUUAAUCUCACCGGCGUUACUACAAAGUGAAAUUAGAGCAAGUAAAGAAUCCUUAGAUGCUGUUAUUAAAGGUAGAUAUGAAUCUGGUCAAAUUUUAUCAGGUAAAGAUGAUAGAUGUUUAGUUAUUGUUGGUCCUUGUUCUGUUCAUGAUCCUGAAGCUGCUUUAGAAUAUGCUGCUAGAUUGAAAAAAUUAGCUGAUGAAUUACAGGAUGAUUUAUUAAUUAUUAUGAGAGCAUAUUUGGAAAAACCAAGAACUACAGUUGGUUGGAAAGGUUUAAUAAAUGAUCCAGAUGUUGAUAAUUCUUUUGAUAUUAAUCGUGGUUUAAGAAUUUCAAGACAAUUGUAUUCUGAUUUAACAAAUUCUGGUAUUCCAAUAGGUUCAGAAAUGUUGGAUACUAUAUCACCGCAAUAUUUUAGUGAUUUCUUAUCAUUUGGUGCUAUUGGUGCUAGAACAACAGAAUCUCAAUUACACAGAGAAUUAGCUUCAGGUCUUUCAUUUCCAAUUGGUUUCAAGAAUGGUACUGAUGGUGGUUUAGCUGUUGCUUUAGAUGCUGUUCAAGCUGCUUCAAAAGGUCAUCAUUUUAUGGGUGUAACAAAAAAUGGUACUGCUGCAAUUACUACAACAAAAGGUAAUGAUAAUUGUUUUAUUAUAUUAAGAGGUGGUAAAAAAAUUACAAAUUAUGAUAAAAAAUCAGUUUCUGAUGCUAAAGAAGCUAUAUCUAAAUCAACAAAUCCAAAUAUUAAAUUAAUGGUUGAUUGUUCUCAUGAUAAUUCACAAAAAAAUUUUGAAAAUCAACCAAAAGUUUUACAAGAUGUUGCUGAUCAAAUUAGUCAAGGUGAAAAAUCAAUUAUUGGUGUUAUGAUUGAAAGUAAUAUUAAUGCUGGUAAACAAGCUAUGCCACCAGCUGGUGGAUCUAAAAAUGAUCUUAAAUAUGGUGUUUCAAUUACUGAUGGAUGCGUUGGUUGGGAAACUACUGUUGAUAUGUUGACAAAAUUAAGUAAAGCAGUUCAAGCAAGAAGAAAUAUGAAAUAG